AUUCAAAAUUCAAAAUUAAAACCCUCAGGUUUCAAGCCGCUCGACUUGAUUACAUGAAUGUAUGUUUUAAAGAAGAGCAGAGCCAGCCUUUUCUCAAACUGAAUGGUCAUCGGUAUAGCUCGAAUCGAAUUGAAUAAGGAUGAAUAUAAGCAGGCAAGUCACACCAAGGGCGAAGGCAAAGCAAGGAUUGGGCGAGCAGAAAUCAGAGGCACAAUACAUGGAUGGCUUGUAUGCGUCGGCGGAAUCGAGAUCGCGGUUGGAAGCGUACAAUCGGCUGCAGGCGAGCGCCGUGGCCUUUGGAGAGAAGCUCCCAAUUCCUGAGAUCGUGGUGGUUGGUGGCCAGUCCGAUGGUAAGAGCUCCCUGUUGGAAGCACUUCUGGGCUUCAGGUUCAAUGUCCGAGAGGUCGAAAUGGGCACCCGGAGGCCUCUUAUGCUCCAAAUGGUGCACGAUCCUUCUGCGCUUGAGCCACGCUGCCGCUUUCAGGAUGAAGAUUCUGAUGACUACGGAGCACCUGUUAUAAUGGCUUCUGCUGUUGCAGACACCAUCAAAGGUAGAACAGAGGAGCACUUGAAGAAAAUCCGAGCUGCAGUUUCUGCAAAGCCUAUUGUGAUGCGAGCAGAAUAUGCCCAUUGCCCCAACUUAACCAUCAUCGACACUCCUGGAUUUGUUCUCAAGGCAAAGAAGGGUGAACCAGAUAGCACACCGGAGGAUAUUUUAUCUAUGGUAAAGGCUUUGGCAGCACCUCCACACCGUCUACUUUUGUUUCUUCAACAGAGUAGCGUGGAAUGGUGCUCUUCACUUUGGUUGGACACAGUUCGUGCCGUUGAUCCCACGUUGAGACGUACCAUUGUGGUUGUCUCAAAAUUUGAUAAUCGUCUCAAGGAAUUUGGAGAAAGAUGGGAGGUAGAUCGGUAUCUCAGUGCCAAUGGCUAUCUUGGUGAGAGGACCAAACCAUUCUUUGUGGCUUUACCCAAAGAUAAAGGGUCUAUUACAAAUGAAGAGUUUCGUACUCAAAUUUCUCAUGUGGAUGCUGAAGUCAUUCAAUAUCUAAAAGAGAGUGUCAUUGGGGGAUAUGAUGAAGAAAAUUUCGGGUCAUACAUUGGUUUUAGAAACUUGAGAUUUUACUUGGAAAAUGAACUUCAGCGCAGAUAUAGAGAAGCUGCUCCUGCAACACUUGCACUUCUUGAACAACGUUGCAGUGAAGUGGCAGCUGAAGUAGACAGAAUUAAUGCAAAACUGCAAUCAGUUUCUGAUGUGGCUUCGCUGAGGAGAUCUGCCAUGAUACACGCAGCUGCCAUUGCUAGACAUGUGGGUGAGCUUAUAGAUGGAGCUGCAGAUCCAGACCCAGAGGAAUGGGGAAGAACAACUGAUGAAGAAAGGUCAGAGAGUGGUGUUGGUCAGUGGCCUGGUCUGACUGGGGAUGUUAAACCUGCAAAUGCUAGCUUGAAGCUGCAUGGAGGAGCUGCCUUUGAGAGGGUGAUGUAUGAAUUUCGAUGUGCAACUUGCUCCAUAGAAUGCCCACCAGUUUCAAGAGAGAAGGUUGCUAAUAUUUUGCUUGCAAAUUCUGGUAGAGGAGGUGGGGGAGUUGGGUCAGCUGCGGCGGCAGGAAUAGCUCGUGCAGCUGCUCGUUCUUGGUUGGCUCCCAUGUUAGAUGCAGCUUGUGGUCGCCUUGCUUUUGUUCUCAGAAGCCUAUUUGAUCUAGCUGUUGAGCGAAAAAAUAUCGAAGACUCUUCAGUUGAAGGAAGCACUGCCGGUGUUGGUGGCUAUAUUGCUUUUAAUGCUGCUCUUAGGCGUGCAUAUGAUCGUUUCAUCCACAGUCUGACAAAGAAAUGCAAGGAGCUUGUGAGGCACCAUUUGGAUUCUGUUACAAGUCCAUACUCUCAGAUUUGUGGAAUAGACAGUUUUGGGUUUGUUGGCAUUGGGGUUUCAACUGCAGGGUAUAAGGUACACCGUCCUAUGUUCCUGGAUCUUUCUGAAGGCUUGGGAUGUUUGGAAGAAGAGGGCUUCAAUGAGGGAAACGAAAAUAUUGCCCCAGAAGGGCAAUGUCAAGAAACACCAAAUAAAGGCUCUGGUGUGCCAAGAGAUCCACUCAGAGAAAGUCAAAUGACAGUUCCAGAGACACCAUCUCCAGAAUUGCCGAGCAGUGAAAUAUGUGCAGCAAAGAAAAAGGAUUAUGCAAUUGCUAGUGGACGUAUUGGUAUUGCAGUUGGAGUAGGGGCUGAAGUAGGAGGGCGAAAGAGGGCAAUAGCGUCAGCAGCUAAUGACCGUGCAGGUCAGAAUAAGGAGCCUAAGCACGGAUUGUUUGGGGAGAAGAGCUCUAAAUCAGCAUAUACAGAAGUUUGUUCUCUGGCUGCCCAGCAUUUUGGAAGGAUACGUGAAGCCCUUAUAGACCGUAGCGUGCCAUCCACUCUGAAUGCUGGUUUUCUGACUCCCUGCCGAGACAGAUUAGUGGUGACACUAGGACUGGAGCUGUUUGCUGUAACAGAUGAAACAUUUAUGGAUAUGUUUGUGGCUCCCGGUGCUGUGGAUCAGCUUCAGAAUGAACUACAAACUACACAAAAGCGUCACAAGACAUUGCAAUCCUGCUUGAAUGAGUUUAGAAAUCUUGCUCGUGUAUUAUGAACAUUUAUUAGAAUUGUAAGCCAUCACAUCAAUGCUCAUAUGACAUCCAGAACUUGUGGAUGCCUCGCUUUACAGUGUAGCUGCAUGACUCCAAUUAUUUGUUAUAGGACUUCUGUGAACUGGCUGUGGAUUUCCUGGUGGAACACAACAUUCAUUUCAGCAAUUUGAUCACCAAUGAAUUACGAUCUUCAAAGUAUAAAUAUAGCAUUCAACUUAGCUAUUUUACAUUUGAAGGAACGAGUAACUAUGUGCUGGGCAACAAAGAAAAAGAAGAUCCUAAGGAUGAAGUUACAUCUGCGACUUAUUGUAUUAAUAGAUCUCAAGUCUCAACAUUUUAAUAUGUAAUUUUAUGGGAUUCUAGAAGCCAAAAAUUGCUAAAUUGAUUAUUUUUUAA